AAGGAGAAUGGAGGCAAAUGUAUUGUUGGCUACUCCAAGUUCGAAGAGGAAAUGACAGGGCGAUGCCAAGGAGGGAUGGGGGAAAGCGGCAGCAACAAAGAAGUGGACACCCUCACCUCCUCGCAGGCAUGGCUGAAAAUCCACGGACUGAAAGAAAGCAAGCUCUGUCUCGCCAAGGUCUUUGCACAAAUUGGCUUCAAGCACUGCGAGGAUUAUGUUCACUCUCUGAGGAAGCCAGUUUGCUCCCAGUACGCUGAAGGCAUGUUUUCUCAGUUCAUGAAGUAUGGUGCUGUUUAUAAUAUAACUGCUAGCCCUCAGCAACUACAGGAGCUUUGCGAGAGGCUGAAGAGAAAGGCCAGAUUGUACCAGCGUAGGCUGGACUGGCUGACCACUAGCAGUCGACAGCUCUUCGGAGUGAUCCAGGAGCGUACUGCCACCCUGGUGCUGGACUUCGGAAGAGCAUCAGGGGACCAGUUCCAUCUGAGCCAGGAUUCUGUGUGCCUGGUGCUUAGGGAGCAGGUCUCGCGUAUCUUCCGCUUCAACCUCAUCCGCGCCGCCCCCAGCAUGAAGAUGUGGCAGGAUAAGGUAGUGCCCUCGUCCGAUGCCCAUAUUGAUUCUGCUGUGGAAUGGGUGUGGAGGUUGACACAGGAGGAACCUCCCUCUGGAUUCGACACUGCACAGGCUGUGCUGAAAGCCAUGGAGGAUUCAAUGGUGGAAGCUGUCUACCUUUUCACUGUCGGGGAUUUUGGAGACAGCUUAACAGACCUGCUAAAAAAUAAUCUUGUAAAGAAUGUGUGUCCCAUCCACACUGUAUCAUUCAAUGCCAAGAAAAAGGAGACCAUUCAAGUCUUAAAAUACCUAUCUCAGCUUACUGCUGGCAGGUUCCACGUGUUUGUGGAAACGCAUACCUUCAAAGAUGACUCACGCAGCUCAGGAGACAGUGGUGGUGAGAAUGGCCUUCCUACGCGUAUGCCAGCGAAACCCAUAGGGGGUGUGCCACCAGGUGCUGGGGUCAGAGAGGAUGUAUUCCUGGUCUGGAAGGAGAUGGAGGAGGCUCAGACAACCAGGGCUCGACUCCAGGCCAUAUUGAUGAACAUUUCCCCACCAGAACCGGCAGACUGUGGGCCUGCAGUCGUGUGCUGGCCUGAGGAUUACCUCAGCUCCAGGGCGUGGCUCUCCCAGCACGGGCUGAAGGCUCAGAAACUGCUGCUGUUCGACGCACUCUCAGACUGUGCUUUCCGCCACUCAGACGGGGUGGUCGACGUCAAAGUCAGGCCAGGGGAUGAGAGCUUGCAAACUGAUGCUGAAACAAAUCAUAAGCUGGUUAAUGCCAAGUACUGCAAUCGAUUUGUCCACAUGAGAUGGAAGGACGGUUCUUUGAUGCACGUGUACGUCUCAUCAGAAAAGUGCAGGUGGUACGAGGAGCGGAUGAAGAUGGCUCUGAUGAAUAUGCAGCAGAGGCUGGAGUGGCUGAGCAGGGGCAGUAGGGAGCUGUUUGGGGCAAUUCUGGAGGAGCGGGUCUACAUCCUUUUAGACACUUCGGAGUCCAUGAAAGAUCAGCUUCCUCUUGUAAAGGACAAGAUCCAACAACUCAUGAAGGAGCAACUUCAGUACAAGGCCCAGGUGAACAUCGUGAAGUUCGGUUCACGGGCAGCGUCAUGGAGAGAGAGGCUGGUGGAGGUGAGCCCACCGAGCCUUGAGAAUGCCUGGAGCUGGGUCAAAGGACUGCAGGCUGCGGGUUCAACCAACACGAUGGCUGCCUUGCAGCUGGCACUGGCAGACAUCGACACACAAGCUGUUUACCUCCUGACUGACGGAAGGCCAGAUCAGCCCACGAGAACCAUACUGGCCCAGGUUCAGCUCUGUCCACCAGUUCUGGUCCACACGAUCUCUUUCAACUGCAAGGACCCUGAAGCCAACCACUUCCUGUACCAGCUGGCCCAGGAGACAGGGGGACGGUACCACUGCUUCCCGUGUGGCCCCCAGGAGCCCGGGGCACCUACGCCCUAUGUGAGUGAGGACACACACCUCCUGAAGGCUGAGAUCGAGAAAGGAAAGAAAGAACUGGAGAAGGUCCUGAAACUCCGUGCAGAGUGCAUGAUGUUGGACUGGUACCACAACGGGGACAGCACCACAGCAAAAAGAACUCAUGGGCGACCCCACAGCGCCCCCUGGUGGCAGAGUGCAGAGAGACCCCGGAGGCCCUGGUCAGCUCUGGGAUGUGUUCCAGCAUCACAUCCCAGUCAUCCCACGACCCAGGCCCGGAGCUCACAACCUCGGCCGACCCGCCACGCAGCACAAACAAAAGCUAGCCUGCUAAGGCUCUUGAGCAAUGGCGUCGGCAGCAGUGCCAGAGGCGCACUCCAGGAAUGGAUGCUGCCGGAGACCUUGUCCCUUUUCCAGGCCAACGCCGACAAGCAGAAGCAAGUUCUCAGCCGUCUUCAAUUAACUCCCCGAGAUGACAGCCAAAAGAAACCAAAACGGAAAACUCCAACACAAUCUCUUAGCAUGUCCUCAGCCUGCUGGCUUCGGACAAAUAGUUUGGUUGCCAGGAGACUGACCAUAAUCGACGCCCUAGCCCCCACAGCCAUUACACAGAAUGCCAAGUUCAUUCCCAUACUGGAGAAACAUAUCUAUUCAAAAGUGUUUGAGGAGGUGUUCCCCCUUGCCCACGUCAGUGGCAGCACCGGACAGCUUACCUUGGUAAACCCUCAUGCUGUGAACCUGGAACACUACAAAACCAGGCUGCAAGCUGCUCUGCAGGACUACCAGAGGCGUCUGGAUUUGAUUGUAUGGAAAGCACUGACUCAAGAAGAAAGAGAUAAGUUUGGCAGUGAUCAGCCUGUGAGGUUCCAGGAGCACAGUGAAGCCCUGCUGCAGGCCCUGGAGAGGCUGGGCUGGCCCCUGCCGCAGGAGGACAUCAGCCUGCUGGAGGACCAGAUCACCAUGGCCCUCUCUUUCCUCCAGCAAGCAUCUGACCUGCAGGAGGCCGCCAAGCAGACCUCAGGCACCCGCUGCUCUGAUAAGAGAACAGCGGGCCCAUCAUCCAGAGCACAGGGUGCUAAGCCCAGGAGGGCACUGGACACUCUUCGGGGUCGAAGUGUCCUGGCUAGGACAGAGGCUGAUGGAUUUUAUUAUCCAGGUACCGUGCGGAAACGUCUGGCCAGAAAGAGGGUGAUUGUGGAUUUUGCCAGUGGGGACACAGAAUUUGUUCCCCUGAAGUCUCUCGUCACUGUGGGAGGAGCAGCCCCAUGUCCCCCACUGAGGGUUGGCGAUUUUGUGCUGGUCGGCUCGGGGACGGAAGGCACCGGCGAUUGCUUUGUUCCAGGGGUUGUCAUAGCAACUCCCCGCCGCCUGGAACCUUCAGACAAACUGUACACCGUCCUCAAAUACGACAGCAGGAAGGUUCACACGCUGCGUAGUAACAUUGUCAAAAUCAGCCAGACCAGGUAUGACCUCACCUGCCAUCAGCUGCGAGAGCGAUAUGGAGAACUGCAGCGAUUGGACCGGAAGAGGAGAACAGGAAGUGCAUCACUGCAGAAAGCAGCAGAUAGGAAGUCUUCACGGACUGAGAGGAGCAAAAUUAAAUGGCCACAGGAAGACAGAGACCUGGAGAAUAGGCAGGACAGCAGCGGCCAUGAUGAGAGAGAUAGUUUGGGAAACAAGUCCCGCAGGAGCAGUCUGACAUCCAGCUCAUCCUCUCAGACCGGGUCGCCCCUGUCUAGCCAGACGUCUACACCCCGCCCAGAACAAGACUCCGCUAGUGCAAAGCAGACCCCAGGAAGCAGACCUCCAGACCCUCUUGCUGCAGACAGGAUGGAGGCCCUGGCUCAGGAUCUCCUACGGGCCCUGGAACAGCAUGGAGGACAACAAGCGGAGAUUCAAAGGUAUAUCAGAGCACUGUCUCCACGCCGUCUGGAUGAUGAUGCGCAGGAUGAGCAAAGGGAGAAUACUAAUCAACAACAAGAAGCUCUGGAGAAGUUGCAGGAACUAAUUCCUCCCACUGCAGGUCCAGCCAGUCAUGACCACGAUGAUCCUGGUGGUAUUCCUGAGUAUGUAAGCACAGCCAGACUCCACAAGCCCAAAGUCAGUCCUGGAGGGAACGUGCUGGCCCGAUGGGCCCAUGAUGGCUGGUACUACUAUGGUUCAGUGGUCCAUGCUUGUGGGGACCAGAGCUACUUUCUGCAGAACAGAGAGGGGGUGCUAGAGAGAGUUUGGAGAGAAGACAUUAUCACAGAGGGAGAAGAUUCCAGCCAGGAGAUAAAGGCAGAAGACACUGUCAUUGGUGCCCACCCACUGUACUCUGAUCGGUACUGUCCAGGGCUAGUGCUGGGUCUAACUGAGGAUCUACAGAUAAAGGUGAGGUACUACGAUGGCAGCGAGGUGUUCACGUCCCGGGGGCAGCUCUUCCUGAUUCCUGUGCAGAAGUUUGAGAGGGAUGUGGCCUACAUCCUGGAAUGCGAAGAGCGCUGGGUGGGCCAGCUGGUCGUUGCCAGACUUGACCACACUGCGACCUAUCACCCCGCGGAGGUGCGUCAGAGGGUGGGGAACGGGAAGCAGUACCUGAUCCGCUGGGCUGACGGAUCCAGCGCCGUCCAAGACAGGGAGUGGAUCUUCGGGAAGUGGAGCCGCGCCCGGACUCUGGGCGUCGGGGACUACGCGCUGGCUCUCGCUGACCCCACCUCACACACCUUUCUGCCUGGGGUGGUGCAGGGCUACACCGGCACGCUACUUCAUAUUCAUUUCAUCAACGGAGAAAUUCAGUCUGUAGAAGCCCACCACAGCUUCGGUCUCUCUGAGGAACAAUUCAACAUGGCGGUACAUCUCUACGCCAGGCAGCAAUUGUGUAGGACUGAGGAGGAGGAAGAGGAGGAAGAGGAAGAAGAGGUGGAAGGAGGAAAUGACACAGAAGAUGAGCUGGAUGAGUCAGUCUACUCCAUUGACUCCAGCUCCUCUGAUCUCUAAGGGCGGCUCACACUCAUUGAAAAUCACAGCCCUCCUCACUCAAUCAAGCUUUUCCUUCUGCCAAUAGCGCUUUUGCCACUAUACCAAUAUGGCUCUGCCUGCUUGACCUAUAUAGUGCCAUAUUUCCUGAGGUGACAGCAUUGUCAUUGUGCAAUAUCACAGACCAGCUGAGACAUACCACAGUUUGUGUUCGGCGCCAUACUAUUUCGGAGCUAAGGGUUAUCUCCACAGUCUACAGUUGGGCACACUACAAGUGUAACUUACUAUACGCAUGCUACAGAGCAGCUCUUACGUAGUUGCUGUUUUCGUAGAAAGAGUAAGUGAAUGUUCCCUGUCCAUACUCAUACAGACCAAGUCAUGUUGUAGAUGAUAACACCAAUUUGAAUAAUAAUAUUUGUUAGUUUAUCUGAUACUUUUUGACUUAGAGUUAAGACUAAGGACAAUCCCCUCUAGAGCAACGUGGGGUUAAGGGCCAUGCUCCAAGGCCCAACAGCUGUGCGGAUCUUAUCGUGGCUACAUCGGGGCUUGAACCACCAGGCUACAGGCUGCCCCCAAUUAUGAAAUGCCUAGCUUCAGAAUGUCUUGUCAUGUUUUCAGUGUACACACAUUACUAAAUUGGACUUUCAUUCAUGUCUUUGUUUGUGCAUGUUUGUUAAAGUUGAACUGAAUCUCACAUGUAAUCCUUUACCAAUUUCUUUAUAUGUGGAUCACUGGAAAUAAAGUAAAAGAAUAGUCCAGAUCUUGGCAAGCAAUUUGACUUCUCGCAAGCGGCUCAUCAGUAAUAAUUUCAAAUGGUCUAGACUUUUUAGCUGGAAGCGCUAUGUGUUUUUACAGUGUUCAUUUUAUUUAAAUUUUGGUCCAGGUAUAUUUUUUUCCCCCUCAUAAUAGUAAUAAAAAAAACUUAAAUAUAUAAAAUGAUUUUGUAUUC